CUCAGUGUCGUGUAUGUGUUCAGAUGUAAGAACACAAGACAUGUCCUCUCGUCCCAAAGUCUCCACUCCUCUCACCUCCCUCCGCCGCCUGGCUGAAGGUUACUGGUUGAAACAGUCCUCGAUGUCUCCCUAUGCAGAUUUUGUCACUGCAAUGCUUAUUCAUUCAACUGGCCUGAAUCUUCAAAAAGCAUAUUCUCAAAGAUUGAAAUCACUAGGCCUUGUUGGACUGUUGGAAAAUUCAGAGAUUCUUUCAUCUGGGGAUAUGGCUGCUCUGGUGUACUUAUGGAAUCCUUUUACCAUAGUCAGUUGUGUGGGUUUGUCUACUUCUCCAAUUGAAAAUUUGGUCAUCAUACUGUCACUUUAUGGAGCUUGUACACGACAAAUUCCAUUGGCAGCUUUUGGAUGGGUCAUAGCAACACAUUUGUCCCUUUAUCCUGCUAUUCUGAUUGUACCGGUGAUUCUUUUAUUAGGUUAUGGUCCAGAUGCUCCCCCAAGGAAAUUGUUACUGCAAAGGAAUUCCUGUGAACUGACAGGUCAACAGAAGGAACUGAAAAAUCAACCAGUGCAACUAAUUUGUUUCUCUUGGAAACCAGUUGUGUGUUUCUUCUUGUGGGCAUCCAUGUGGGCAUUCUACGUGUUAGUUCUAUGUGGCAUUUCUGUUAAACAAUAUGGUGGUCUUCGGGAGAUGUUUAAGAGAACUUAUGGGUUUAUUCUCACAGUGGAAGACUUGUGCCCAAGUUUGUCAUCUUGUUAAAGAAAACAAAUUCACUCUCUCUCUCUCUCUCAUCUUUCCACUUUCAAACCCACAAUCCUU